AUGAUACGGGCGGCGUCGGCGGCGUCCCAGCGCCUGCGCCACGACGCGACCUCUGUGCUGCACUGCCAUCGGAGUCUGCACUUGCUGCACCACGUGCGUGGACAGCACCUGAACGGCUCGUUGCAACGCUCGGGCGUGUACGCUGUUGCUCGCAAAGUGCCGUUGGCGCCCAUGGAGAAGACGACGCGCCACGUGCUGCAGUUCAGUCGUCCACAUACCUCCGUACGAGAGUCAAUGGGCGGCAAGCCAUUGAGCUGGUCGACGUGGCUGCAGGAGAACGUCCCCAAGGGAUUUGGCCGAUUCUACCCCAAGAACGGAGGCCAGGGUGGCAAGAUCAGUGGUCCACCGAAAGGUGGCCCGAAGUCUGGUGAGAAAGGAUCGGCGGACGUGAAGAAACUGAGCGCAAAGACGUCAGAAGGCAGCACUGGUGCGAAAAAAGGCUCUCCGGGAAAUCGUGGAGGACCCAGUGGCAAGGACGGGAUGGCUUACUUGAUCCCGGCCGCUGUCGCUGCUAUGCUCUUGGCCGACUUGGCUUCGACGGACAAGCCGAUGCAAGAGAUUACGUACCAGGAGUUUCGAAACUCGUUUUUAGAGUCGGGACGUGUGGAGAAGCUGGUGGUGGUGAACAAGAAGUACGUCAAAGUCUUUCUGAACGACGCACAUGGUGGCGCUUCUUCAUCAGGACAGGGUGGUGCAGUGCCUGGCAACGCCAAUGACUUGUCAGAUUGGCGGGACCCACAUGCUAAAGGACCGCACGAGUACGAUUUUGCAUCCGAGUCGGAUCAUCCGCCCAAUGACGUUAGUGGUCGUGGACUGAAUGUGCCUGGAAUGGGAUCACGCGGUGGCGCAUCUGGUCGUCCGACCCCCAAUCCUGUGUAUUACUUCAACAUUGGCAGCGUGGAUGGCUUUGAGCGACAGAUUGAGCACGCGCAGCAUCAGAUGGGUAUUCGUCCACAUGACUACAUUCCGGUGCAGUACACGAACGAGAUCAGCUUCGCAGCGGAGAUCAUGAAGUUCCUGCCGACAAUCGUACUGAUUGGCUUCUUGCUCAUGACCAUGCGUGGUGUGGGUGGUGGCGCUGGUGGCGGCGGUGGUGGGAUUGGCAACAUAUUCAAGGUCGGCAAAAGUCCUGCCAAGAAGAUUACGAAAGAAGACAUCAAGAUCUCGUUCAAGGACGUAGCUGGUGUAGAUGAGGCAAAGAAGGAGAUCAUGGAGUUUGUGGAUUUUCUUCGCAACCAAAAGCGUUUCACGGACCUCGGUGCCAAGAUCCCUAAGGGCGCACUGCUGGUAGGUCCGCCUGGUACGGGCAAGACGCUGCUGGCGAAAGCCACCGCCGGUGAAGCGAGCGUACCGUUCUUCAGCAUUUCUGGAUCGGAUUUCAUCGAAAUGUUCGUUGGCGUGGGCCCAUCACGAGUGCGCGAUCUGUUCAAGGAAGCUCGUGCGAAUGCUCCGUGUAUUGUUUUCAUCGAUGAGAUUGAUGCAGUGGCGCGCUCGCGAAGCAAGGGCAACUUCUCAGGCGGCAAUGACGAGCGCGAGAACACGCUCAAUCAGCUGCUGGUGGAGAUGGAUGGUUUCAACUCGAGUGAGGGCGUGGUCGUGCUUGCCGGUACGAACCGCGCGGACAUUCUUGACAAGGCCAUUUUGCGUCCUGGUCGCUUUGACCGACAGAUCACUGUCGAUGUGCCCGAUAUCAAGGGCCGUCGUGAAAUCUUCAAGGUGCACCUGCAAGGACUGACGCUGGAUGGCGCCGUCGACGACUUUGCUCGCCGAAUGGCUGCAUUGACUCCUGGCUUUGCUGGUGCAGAGAUCGCCAAUAUAUGCAAUGAAGCCGCCAUUGUAGCUGCUCGACGAAACGGUACAAGCAUCUCGUUCAAGGACUUUGAACAAGCCACGGACCGCGUAAUUGGUGGACUAGAGACAAAUCGCAUCAUGUCACCGGACGAGAAGAAGACCGUGGCAUACCACGAGGCUGGUCACGCUGUCGCUGGCUGGUUCCUGGAGCACGCGGAUCCGUUGCUGAAGGUGACCAUCGUACCGCGAGGAAAGGGCUCGCUGGGGUACGCGCAGUAUCUUCCGAAGGAGGUCGCGUUGCACAGUAGCGAGGCACUGACCGACAUGAUGUGCAUGGCGCUGGGGGGCCGCGCUUCCGAGCACGUGAACUUUGACGGUCGGAUCACCACAGGUGCUUCGGACGAUCUCCGUCGUGUGACGCAGAUUGCCUACUCGAUGGUGCAGCUGUAUGGGAUGAACGAGCGCGUGGGGCAGCUGUCGUUUCCCAAGGACGAGAAUGCAUACUCGGACAAGCCCUACAGUGACAAGACAUCGGAGAUCAUGGACGAAGAAGUGCAGAAGAUUGUCCACAAUGCGUACGAGCGCACCAAAGAGCUUUUGAUGGAGAAGAAGGCGCAGCUGCACGAGUUGGCUGAGGAGCUGCUGCAGCACGAGACGAUCAACCACUCGGACAUUGUGCGGGUGCUGGGGCCUCGUCCAUUCGGCGGCAACAAGACGUACACUGAGUUUGUCGAGGAGUCGUGGAAGGACGCGGACAAGUACGAAGCAGACAGAGCCGCAGCGGCCGGGGCCGCAUCCGAGGCGACGGCUGACGCAGGCGGCAGCGAGGACGAGGCCGCGAUGACCACUAGCGAGGGCGACGACACUAGAGACGACGACGACGACGACGACAACAGCAGCAGCGACAACAACAACAGUGACAACAAGUAG